ACAUGUUGGUUUACUGUAAUAAUAAGUCAAAAGGCGCCAAUAAUAGCACUUAGCACAUAUGUCAGUGAACACAUUGUAAAAAUAAGUUAUAUGUAUGUAGUUCGUUUCUAAUAACAAAUUCAUUAAAGUCGAACUCAUUUAAAUUAUAAAACGAAAAAAAAUCACACAAACACCAACGAUUGUAAAACGUGUUAGACGAGGAAAGAAAGAAAGCUACACAUCAAAGAAGAACAAAGGAGAAAGGAAGAGCGCGCGCUAGAAAGUGGUGAAAAUAUGAACAAGACGCAUUUUCAAUAAAUUCACACUGUCUUUGCAAUUAACUGUUUCACAACGAAACAUUUUUCAUUUCAAUUCAAUAACGAACAACGGCCAUAAUUAUUUAAGUCCCAAGUGAAUUCUCGAUGAAGUGUUUUUCACCAGAAUAGUUGAUUUUUUUCUUUUGUUCAGCAAAAUUUGAUUGGUGGACAAACAAAUCGCCAUUACGGUAAAAAUGUCUCAAAUUAAUAAAAGCCAUCAUGUAAAGGAAACAAAAAGUGAGCUUCCAUCCCGUGUCGCUCAAUGGUACUACAAGCAUGGCUUGUUUCUGUCGAGUUAUCCCACCUGUGCGUCCAGUUUGGCAAUUUUUAUGGUUAUAUUUUCAUGCUAUCCAUUAUUGAAUAUUCCAUUGCCCGGAACGAUUCCGACCAAAGUCAUUCUACCGUACGAAGAACAAGCAACCAUAAAAUCACCAACGAUUUUAAUAAAUUCCAGUUCCAGCGUUCCGAUAGGAUCCACCUCCACCAGCAAUGCAUCGUAUGAACAACCUCCAUUUCCAUGGGCGAAUAGCGAUCCAUUUGUCUAUAUUCAACAAAUUGUGAUUCGAUCGAGUGUAUUGCCAUGGCGAAAAAAUCUAUUGCUUACGGAUGCGUAUCGAGGUCCAUUACAUGAAAUUUUCAAACUAUUGGAAAUCGUUCGAAAUCAUGAAGAUGAAACGAGCAAAACAAAUUUGGCCAACAUCUGUUUGCAUGUGGAAAAUGUAAAAAUGUUCACAAAAUAUUCAUCGGUAUUUCCCGAAUACAAUUGUCUGAUCCUAUCUCCGGCAAAUUUAUGGCAACAAAAUGCACAAAACUUUAAAAAAGACACAAACCUUCUAUCAACGAUUUUUCAUCAUCAUAAUUUACAAAAGUCAAAGGUAUCAAUAGCAGAAAUGCUCUUUGGUAUGCUUUUGCGUGAUACGGGUGUUAAAAGAUACCCAAUACGAGUACGGCCAAGAAUAAUUCAGUACGCAAUUACAUUGGUAUUGGAAAAAAAUGAUCCGAUUUUUAUAGAAUCGUUGAAGCAGAAAUUGAUGCAAGCAUAUCCAUUGCAUCAAGAAAAUGUGGCAAAAUCAACAUACCGUGAAGCAAUCACAUACAUAUACUAUCCCGGUGAAUUUAAUGUUGUUGAAUGUCUACCAAUGUGUAUCGCUUUUUUGCUUGUUUUUAUGUAUGUCUAUUUUUCUGUACGAAAAAUUGAUGUGUUCAAAUCACGUUUCGUGUUGGCAGUGAGUGCGGUAGUAACAGUGUUGAGCAGUUUGAUGAUGGCAUUGGGAUUAUAUUUCUUCUUUGGAUUAACAAUAAGCAUGCAAUCUCGUGACGUACUACCGUAUCUGAUAAUGUUGUUUGGAUUGGAAAAUGUGCUGGUCAUCACAAAAAGUGUUGUGUCCACCGAUGAGAAAUUUGAUGUGAAAAUUCGUGUCGCACAAGGGCUCAGCAAAGAAGGAUGGUCGAUUACAAAAACACUACUUACGGAAAUUACAAUAUUGACCAUUGGUUUGAUAACAUUUGUACCAGUGAUUCAAGAGUUUUGUAUAUUUGCCAUUGUUGGCCUAAUAUCGGAUUUCUUCAUGCAAAUGUUGCUCUUUUCCACCAUUCUUGCCUUGAAUAUUCGACGCAUUGAAUUUAGCAGCAUAGCGAAAUCAUCAAAUGUACCGGAUAUGGCACAACGAGUUCCGUAUCGUUAUUUGGCAAAUACACCCAAAGUACAAUCCACCUCAAUGAGUCGAUCUCGAUCACAUCCAAAAUUUUCCGUUGCUCAGGAUUCCAUGCAACCAACAGAUGUCGUGGCCGCUGGCAACGCCAUCGCCGAAGCUAAAAAGAUACCAAAACGUUUGAAAAUUUUUAACUUUUGGGCACGAACACGGUUCUUUCAACGUGCCUUUAUGCUCUGGAUGAUCGUCUGGAUUUGUUCAAUUGUUUACAAUUCCGGUAUUUUCGAGCAUAUUUUUGUGAUAGAAAGAAAAAAUAACACCGAAUUGACGGAUGAUAGUGGUUUUGAAACUUAUCCAUCGCAUGGAAUGCAAAUUUCGACUAUUGAUAUCAAGACUGGUGAUAGCGUAUCGUAUGUGACCAAAGAAAGUGAUUCACAACCUAAGAGCACAUAUUUUGAUGAAAAGCAAUAUAAUAUGACUGAACAAUUAAAUAAACUACGACAUCCUGACUAUGAUGUAAAUUUGCAUUUAUCGAAUUUCCAUUGGUCAUCAAUUUUAAAACAGUACAACAUUUCGGUGAGUGGAAAAUAUGUAACAAUUCUACCAACGAUUCGUAUUUCGCAUGCUGUUACACCAGACGAAGCGAUUUACUUGCGAAAUAUUGACGAAAAACCAAAACUUCAUUUCCAAUGGAAAGCUCUGGCCAUCGCAUUGGAUCCCAUUGAUUUUGCCGAUAUGGAAGAAAAAGAAGGAUCAAUUGCUUAUCAUUUAACCAAUUCGGGUGGCUACAACAUUGGCUCAACACCAUUAUAUCCAAAAACACCAAUGGAAAUGUUGCUAGCCACCAUUCUUUGUAUGAUCAGUAUCUUUGUGACGUCGUAUGCAAUGAUUGUGUUUUAUCGAUGUAUUUGUAGUCGAAAUUAUGCAGAAUGGCGUUCAAGUUGGAAUGAUUCAAAAAUGGACAUUGCAUAUCCAAAAACACAACGAAUUUUUGAAAGUAUUCCAAUUCAAAUAAAAGGUCAUAGCCAUCGAAUUGAGUGCAUGGUAACCGAUGGCAGAAUGUUAGCAUGUUCAUGUCUUGAUGGAAAAAUCACCACAUGGGACGUCUCGAAUGGUGAACAAAUCAGUGUGAUAAAUCGUAAAAAUUACUUUAAUAUAAAUCGACGAUUGUCAGGUUCAUACACACCGUCUGUUUGUAAUGACGGUUCAGCACCAAUCACAAUGACUGCAAUGCCCAGUGAAAAAGCGGCUCCAACAAAAAAACCAGAAGUAUCGCCGAUUUGGUGUUUGGAUUAUACUGAUAAUUUAAUUGUAAUUGGUUGUGCCGACGGAAAAAUUGAAUUCUGGGAAAGCACAACCGGCACCCUCAAGUGUAUAUAUGAAGGCGAGGGAAAGCAAAAUUAUGGAAUAACUCAUUUACACUUGAGUGGCGAUCGGUUAGUAGCUGCUCGGCUCAAUGGUCGUAUUGACUUUUUGCGAUUGGAAACCUAUAAUCAGGGACGGCAAAUUGAUUGGGGUUUCAUGUCGGCCUAUCGUCGAACGCACAUGCGAACUGGCUCAACGGGAAGCCUAUCAAGUGCUCAGAUGGCAAGCCAAGGUGGUGAUCUUUCGCCCAUUGCAUCGAGUAGUCAUGAGGAGAUGCGAUGUUACUUGGAACAACAGCACCAAGGACAUCAACAGCUAAUCACCUGUAUGGAUGUUGUUGGCAAUACUGUAUUAACCGGAAGCCAAGAUCAUACAUUAAAGGUUUUCAAAUUAGAUUUAGCCAAUUUGGUGUUUACAUUACACGGCCAUUACGGUCCAAUAACUAGUAUAUUUAUUGAUCAUUACCAAAGUUGUACUGGUGGUUCUGGUUCACAAGACGGUCUACUAUGUGUAUGGGAUUUAAUAACCGGUGCCUGCAUGUACAGCAUACAAGCACAUGAUGGUGCAAUCGUGUCAUUGAUUUGUUCAUCGAGUUAUGUGAUUUCCAUGGGCACGGAUGAACGGCUUUACAUUUGGGAGCGAUUUCAAGGGAAUUUGCUCAACACAAUCAACGUGCCUUACGUUUAUACAAGUUUAUUGAUGUUGACACCGUCUCUACUCAUCACAGCUAAACCUGGUGCAUUGGUCAUUUGGGAUGUACGAAAUGGUGAAUUAACACGUGAAAUUAAAUUAGAUUGUUUGAAUUCGCAUCUAUGCUCGAAAAAAAUUCUAUUUGCUAGUGGUUCAGUGGUCUGUGAUUAUGGCAAUGAAAUGAGAAUAAUACGGUUUCCAGUUGUAAACGAUAAAUGCGACUAAAUAAUAUGACGAUGAUUACAAUCACUAUUAAAUAAUACUUACAGAAUGAGCAUCUAAUUUAUUAUUAAUCAGAAGCGCAUUAUUCUUCAUACUUUUCCGUAACUAUAUCCACCGUUUUUGUCAUACUUAACUCAUGCAUUGUCAUCUGACGAACCGUCCAUUGUGCACUUACCGAUCAAACAUAAAUGGCAAAUACUUAAAGGCCUCACAUCAGAUUUAAAAUAACAAAUACUACAUCCCGUUCAUCCAAACCGAAUAUUAACUACCGAAUGCAUGCAACAUCGACUAGGCAAUGUAAAUAGAAAAGGCGAUCACUUGAACGCACUAAACAGACUGAGAUUCAAACAUGAAUAACAAAAAAAUAAAUAAAUAAAUAGAAAUACAUAAUUUAAACCAAACUCAGAAUAUAUUUGAUCUUCUGCCAAAUAUAAGAAACACCACAUUA